UUUAGUUGGAUCUCUUUCCGAUUGCUUUGGGAGCUCCUUUUCUUUUUCUUUUAAUUGAAGAGGGUACUCUGAGGGAUCGGGGUUAAAACUUGUUGCUUUUGUAACUUUUGGACGAGGAUAUAUCUAACGUUAGUGACUUAGUGUGUUACCGCAGGAAUGGUUUUCAUUUUUAUUUUGUUCUCCUCUUUGUUUAUUUCAUCGUAAUCAGUUUGUUUCUUUUUUGUUUAUUGCAUUGAAGUUCCUCUUGUUUAUAGGGACUUUAUCUCCUGGGUCAUGUAAUGGCUUGGCACUCUAGUUUUUUUUUAGCUUCAGUUUAAGCUCUAUAUUGUGUAGUUGGUGAUCAGGACAUGCAUCCAGGUUUUGGCUUGAGGAAUAGCCGGAUUUAUCUUUUGGCGCCGUCAGAAGCUGCAAUUUCUUGCUGAAGUAAAUUGUACGAUCGAUAAAUGGAUUUAAGGCAAAAUUUCACAAUAGUUGUACUCAAAAAGGAAAGAAACUCUAGUGUUUGAAAUCUGAGCAUCUUUUGUUGAAUCUGAAGAUUUGCAGAGGUCUUCUUAAUCUCCUUCAUUCGAAAGUUAUAUACAGACCAGUGCUUAAAGUAGCCAAGACUCUGUAGUGCACCAAGGCCAUGGAACAAUCAACACAGUCAACACAUCCCACUGUCGGAGUUGUUUCUGGUGCUGCCCAAAUAGCUUAUGCCGCCCCUAUGUAUCAGCCGGCUGCAGUAGCUACUGGACCUCCACCAAUGACUGGAGGAGCUAUACCAGCCAUAGCCCAAUUGACCUCUGAAUACCCCACUAACCCAGCCAACCUUGCAAGCCAGCAUCAACUUGCUUACCAGCAAGUCCAACAGUUUCAUCAUCAUCAACAACAACUCCAAGCUUUCUGGGCCAACCAGAUGUUAGAGAUAGAGCAGACCAAUGAUUACAAGAAUCAUAGUUUGCCGCUCGCUCGUAUAAAGAAGAUCAUGAAGGCAGACGAGGAUGUUCGGAUGAUCUCAGCUGAGGCACCAGUGGUCUUCGCCAAGGCUUGUGAAAUGUUUAUACUCGAACUUACUCUCAGAUCAUGGAUCCAUACCGAGGAGAACAAGAGGAGAACGCUGCAGAAGAACGAUAUCGCUGCUGCUAUAACCAGAACUGACAUUUUUGACUUCUUGGUUGAUAUAGUUCCAAGGGACGAGUUAAAGGACGACAACUUUGGGAUGGCAAGGGCCGGUGCAUUACCAGCUGUGGGUGCUCCUAACGAUUCAGUUCCCUACUACUAUGUACCAGCAGCACAAAUACCAGGUGAUCAAACGACCGCAGCUACUUUGUAUGCAGUUCCACAGCCCCACUUGGCUUACAUGUGGCAGCAGCCGCAGCUCCAGCCGCCGCCACAUCACCAGCAGGCAUCAGAUGAUGUGUAGAUUAAUUUGUAGUUUUUGAAUGCAAGCGGAGUGUUCACUGAAAGUAGCAUGCAACUUUUGAUAAUUCCUUUGCACAAGUGACUGCUGUUAUCUCACUUGUAGGCAAGCUCUUCUUUUGGCUGAAGCAGCAAGAAGACUGUCGAGAUAGAAAAGACAAAGCUUUGUUGAGCUUUCUUUAGGUUUUAAGCUGCAGUGUGGAUUGUCGUUUUUUACUCAUCUGUUUGAUUCUUAGGCAUUUUUAA